AUGUCUUUAUGUGGUGUAGUGGGUGGUGCUGUGCAGUCCUUAAGCCGAAGGUCAUGCAAAGCUAAACCAGGUGGACAAGUGAAGUGCCAGUAUAUAUCUGCUGUGGAUAAAGUUAUAUUUGUGGAUGAUUAUGCAGUAGGGUGUAGGAAGGACCUUAAUGGAAUCUUGCUGUUAGACACUGCUCUGCAAACUCCAGUUUCAAAGCAGGAUGAUGAGGUUCAGCUUGAAUUACCUGUUACAGAGGCACAGCAGCUUUUGUCAGCAUGUUUAGAGAAGGUAGAUAUUUCUAGUACAGAGGGUUAUGAUUUGUUCAUCACACAGCUCAAAGAUGGUCUAAAAAAUACAUCUCACGAGACUGCUGCGAACCACAAAGUUGCAAAGUGGGCCACAGUUACAUUUCAUCUUCCUCAUCAUGUGUUGAAGUCCAUUGCCAGUGCCAUUGUAAAUGAACUCAAGAAAAUAAAUCAAAAUGUUGCUGCCUUACCUGUGGCGUCCUCAGUGAUGGACAGAUUGUCUUACCUCUUACCUAGUGCACGUCCAGAACUUGGAGUAGGGCCAGGCCGUUCUGUAGACAGGUCGCUGAUGUACAGUGAAGCUAACAGGAGGGAGACAUUUACCUCAUGGCCUCAUGUAGGCUAUAGGUGGGCACAACCAGAUCCCAUGGCUCAAGCUGGAUUUUAUCAUCAGCCUGCGUCAUCUGGAGACGAUCGAGCCAUGUGUUUUACCUGUAGUGUGUGUCUUGUUUGUUGGGAACCUACUGAUGAGCCUUGGUCUGAACAUGAGAGACAUUCACCUAACUGCCCCUUUGUGAAAGGCGAGCACACACAAAAUGUGCCAUUGUCAGUGACUCUCGCAACUAGCCCUGCACAGUUUCCUUGUACAGAUGGAACUGACCGAAUAUCUUGCUUUGGUUCGGGGAGCUGCCCUCAUUUUCUCGCUGCUGCAACUAAAAGAGGAAAAAUCUGCAUAUGGGAUGUUUCCAAACUUAUGAAGGUGCACUUAAAGUUUGAAAUAAAUGCAUAUGAUCCAGUAAUCGUGCAACAACUUAUCUUAACGGGAGAGCCAACCUCAGGAGUUGAUUCAAGGAGACCAACUUUGGCAUGGCUGGAAGAUUCCUCUAGUUGCUCAGAUAUACCAAAAUUAGAAGGAGAUAGUGAUGACUUACUGGAGGAUUCAGACAGUGAAGAGCAUUCCAGAUCCGAUUCUGUGACGGGGCAUACAUCCCAGAAGGAAGCCAUGGAAGUGAGUCUUGAUAUAACAGCACUGAGCAUUCUCCAGCAGCCAGAAAAACUUCAGUGGGAGAUUGUUGCAAAUGUGCUUGAAGAUACUGUUAAGGAUCUUGAAGAACUAGGGGCAAAUCCCUGCUUAACAAACUGUAAGAGUGAAAAGACAAAGGAAAAGCACCAGGAACAACACAACAUUCCUUUUCCAUGUUUAUUAGCCGGAGGUUUAUUAACAUAUAAAUCUCCUGCCAGCUCUCCCAUUAGUAGUAAUUCUCACAGGUCACUGGAUGGUUUAAGCAGAACUCAGGGUGAAAAUACAUCUGAACAAGGGUCCACUGACAAUGAAUCCUGUACAAAUUCAGAGCUAAAUUCUCCCCUGGUAAGGAGGACUUUACCCAUUUUGCUGCUCUAUAGCAUCAAGGAAUCUGACGAGAAAGCAGGGAAAAUCUUUUCACAGAUGAACAAUAUUAUGAGUAAAAGUUUGCACGACGAUGGCUUCACAGUGCCACAGAUUAUUGAAAUGGAGCUGGAUAGUCAGGAGCAGUUGUUGUUGCAGGAUCCUCCUGUAACCUAUAUCCAGCAAUUUGCAGAUGCUGCAGCCAACCUGACCUCUCCAGACUCAGACAAAUGGAGUGCUGUGUUUCCCAAGCCUGGGACUCUGGUUCAGUGCUUGAGGGUGCCAAAGUUUGCAGAAGAGGAGAAUCUUUGCAUAGACUCGAUAACUCCUUGUGCUGAUGGAAUUCAUUUGUUGGUAGGACUGCGGACAUGCCCCGUUGAAUCCAUGAGUGCAAUAAAUCAAGUAGAGGCCUUGAAUAAUUUAAAUAAACUAAACUCUGCUCUAUGUAAUAGACAGAAAUGUGAUCUGGAAUCAAAUCUUGCUGUAGUGAAUGGUGCAAAUAUCAGUGUAAUCCAACAUGAAUCACCAGCAGACGCACAGACUUCUUUGCUAAUUCACCACGAGCAGAAGAAUGUUAGUGGUGGAUAUUUAGUACUUUAUAAAAUGAAUUAUGCCACGCGGAUAGUGACUUUAGAAGAGGAGCCAAUAAAAAUCCAACAUAUCAAAGAUCCCCAGGACACAAUUACCUCACUCAUUCUGCUUCCGCCAGAUAUCUUGGAUAAUCGAGAGGAUGACUGUGAGGAACCCACUGAGGAAGUGCAGUUAACCUCAAAGAAUGGUAUUGAGAGAGAGAAAAAGUCUGAUAUUUCAACCCUUGGACACCUGGUAAUAACCACUCAGGGAGGAUAUGUAAAAAUACUAGACCUUUCAAACUUUGAAGUUUUGGCCAAAGUGGAACCUCCCAAAAAGGAGGGCACUGAGGAACAGGACGUGUUUGUCUCUGUCAUAUACUGCUCAGGCACAGACAGACUGUGUGCAUGCACCAAAGGUGGUGAGCUUCAUUUUCUCCAAAUUGGAGGAACCUGUGAUGACAUUGAUGAAGCUGAUAUACUAGUGGACGGCUCCCUUUCUAAAGGAGUAGAACCCACUUCAGAAGGGUCUAAACCUUUGUCAAAUCCUUCAAGUCCUGGCAUUUCAGGAGUUGAACUAUUGGUGGACCAGCCAUUCACCCUUGACAUCUUAACAUCUUUAGUGGAGCUAACUCGCUUUGAGACUCUAACGCCACGAUUUUCAGCUACUGUUCCUCCAUGCUGGGUUGAAGUUCAACAAGAACAGCAGCAAAGGAGGCAUCCCCAGCAUUUGCAUCAGCAACACCAUGGAGAUGCUGCUCAGCAUACUAGAACUUGGAAACUGCAGACUGAUGGUAACAGCUGGGAUGAACAUGUAUUUGAACUAGUUCUACCGAAAGCCUGUAUGGUUGGACAUGUGGACUUCAAAUUUGUUUUGAACUCAAACAUCACCAAUAUUCCACAAAUACAAGUGACACUUCUGAAAAAUAAAGCUCCAGGCUUAGGGAAAGUCAAUGAAACAGCAGUAGAUAGGCAGAUCACCUUUCCUUUGUCUCCAGCUCUUAACAUUGAAGUGGAACAAAAUGGGAGACCGUCCUUGGUUGAUUUGAAUGAAGAAAUUCAGCACAUGGAUAUAGAGGAAUCACAGUGUCUUAGACUAUGUCCAUUUUUAGAAGAUCAUAAAGAAGAUAUCCUUUGUGGGCCAGUGUGGCUUGCUAGUGGCCUUGAUCUAUCAGGACAUGCUGGGAUGUUGACCUUAACAAGUCCCAAACUUGUUAAAGGUAUGGCAGGAGGAAAAUACCGUUCUUUUUUAAUCCACGUCAAAGCAGUGAAUGAAAGAGGAGCAGAUGAACUUUGUAAUGGUGGUAUGCGGCCUGUGUUAAGACUGCCAUCCCUAAAACCUCAGAGUAACAAGGGUUACUCACUUGCUUCACUCUUGGCAAAAGUUACAGCAGGCAAGGAAAAAUCAUCAAAUGUUAAAAAUGAAAAUGCAAGUAACACCCGUAAAUCUGAAAACCUCCGCGGCUGUGACUUACUUCAAGAGGUCUCGGUAACAAUUAGAAGAUUUAAGAAAACAUCAAUUUCUAAGGAAAGAGUGCAACGCUGUGCCAUGUUACAGUUUUCAGAAUUUCACGAAAAGCUUCUCGGCACUCUAUGCAGGAAAGCUGAUGACGGCCGACUCCCAGAGCACUCCCAGAGCCUUGUGUUGGAUAGCCUCUGCUGGUUGGCUGGGGUCCAUUCAAAUGGACCUGGAAGCUCAAAGGAGGGAAACGAGAGCCUACUUUCAAAAACACGAAAAUGUCUUUCAGACAUUGUGCGUGUUUGCUUCUUUGAGGCAGGACGAAGCAUAGCCCAUAAAUGUGCCCGGUUUCUAGCUUUGUGUAUUAGUAAUGGGAAGUGUGACCCAUGUCAACCAGGAUUUGGAUCUGUCCUAUUGAAGGCUUUACUUGAUAAUAUGUCAUUUUUACCUGCAGCAGCAACUGGUGGUUCUGUUUAUUGGUACUUUGUCUUACUAAACUACGUUAAAGAUGAAGAUUUGGCUGGGUGCAGCACAGCUUGUGCGUCUUUGCUUACUGCUGUCUCCAGACAGUUACAAGACAGACUAACACCAAUGGAGGCUUUACUUCAGACAAGAUAUGGCUUGUAUAGUUCCCCAUUUGAUCCAGUCCUCUUUGACUUGGAGAUGAGUGGCUCUACAUGUAAAAAUGUAUACAACAGCAGCAUUGGUGUCCAGUCAGAUGAAAUUGACUUAUCAGAUGUCCUUUCAGGAAAUGGGAAGGUCAGUAAUUGCACAGCUGCUGAGGGUAGUUUUACAUCUCUCACUGGACUGCUGGAAGUUGAACCCCUACACUUCACUUGUGUGUCAACUAGUGAUGGAACCAGAAUAGAAAGGGAUGAUGCAAGUACGUUUACUGUGAGUUCCUUCGGGGUUACUCCUGCAGUAGGUGGACUACCAUCUGGGACAGUUGGGGAAGCCUCGACAGCUCUGAGUUCAGCAGCCCAGGUAGCUUUGCAGUCUCUCUCUCAUGCAAUGGCUUCAGCCGAGCAACAGCUACAGGUGCUGCAAGAGAAACAGCAGCAGCUUUUGAAGCUUCAGCAACAGAAAGCAAAGCUGGAAGCCAAGUUACAUCAGACAACAGCUGCAGCGGCUGCUGUAGCAUCAGCAGCAUCUGCAGCCUCAGCAGUAGCUCCCAUUCACAACUCUGUGCCUUCCAACCCAGUCGCCGCCCCUGGAUUCUUCAUUCACCCAUCUGAUGUUAUUCCACCCACUCCAAAAACAACACCACUGUUUAUGACUCCUCCACUCACCCCACCCAACGAAGCCAUGUCCGUGGUGCUUAAUGCAGAACUUGCACAGCUUUUCCCAGGCUCCGUCAUCGACCCCCCUGCAGUCAAUCUUGCUGCACAUAACAAAAAUUCUAACAAGGCUAGAAUGAAUUCACUUGGGUCUGGUCUGGCCCUUGCAAUUUCUCACGCUUCACAUUUUCUUCAGCCUCCACCUCAUCAAUCUAUUAUUAUAGAGCGAAUGCACUCAGGAGCAAGAAGAUUUGUGACCUUAGAUUUUGGUAGACCUAUACUCUUAACAGAUGUGUUGAUCCCCACUUGUGGAGAUUUGGCCUCCUUGUCAAUUGAUAUUUGGACAUUAGGAGAAGAGGUGGAUGGAAGACGAUUGGUAGUGGCCACAGAUAUCAGCACCCAUUCACUAAUUCUACAUGACUUAAUACCGCCUCCCGUGUGCAGAUUCAUGAAGAUCACUGUCAUUGGACGUUAUGGAAGCACAAAUGCCAGAGCAAAAAUCCCACUAGGCUUUUACUAUGGCCAUACCUAUAUCUUGCCAUGGGAGAGUGAACUGAAGUUAAUGCAUGAUCCUCUAAGGGGAGAAGGGGAAUCUGCCAGCCAGCCAGAAAUUGACCAGCAUUUAGCUAUGAUGGUUGCUCUGCAAGAGGAUAUACAGUGCAGGUAUAACUUAGCUUGUCAUCGACUAGAGACUCUUUUGCAAAGUAUUGAUCUUCCUCCUCUCAACAGUGCUAACAAUGCACAGUACUUUUUGCGAAAGCCAGAUAAGGCAGUCGAAGAAGACAGUAGAGUUUUUUCUGCCUAUCAGGAUUGUAUUCAGCUACAGCUUCAACUAAAUUUGGCUCAUAAUGCAGUUCAGAGGCUCAAAGUAGCUCUAGGUGCAAGUCGGAAGAUGUUGAGUGAAACAUCAGAUCCAAAAGAUUUCAUUCAGACGUCUUCCACAGAACAGUUACGUACAAUCAUCAGAUAUUUAUUGGAUACUUUGCUCAGCCUUCUGCAUUCUUCCAAUGGACACUCUGUUCCUGCAGUUUUGCAGAGCACAUUUCAUGCCCAGGCCUGUGAAGAGCUCUUUAAACACUUGUGCAUCAGUGGAACCCCAAAGAUACGGUUACAUACCGGUCUUCUACUUGUUCAACUAUGUGGGGGUGAAAGAUGGUGGGGUCAAUUUCUUUCUAAUGUUCUUCAGGAAUUAUACAAUUCAGAGCAGCUUCUCAUCUUUCCACAGGAUAGGGUCUUCAUGUUACUUUCAUGCAUUGGUCAAAGAUCACUUAGUAAUAGUGGCGUAUUAGAAAGCCUACUUAAUCUCCUGGAUAAUUUAUUGUCACCUCUUCAGCCACAGCUACCCAUGCAUAGGAGGACAGAAGGAGUAUUAGAUAUUCCCAUGAUCAGUUGGGUUGUUAUGCUGGUGUCCAGAUUGCUGGAUUAUGUGGCAACAGUUGAAGAUGAAGCAGCAGCGGCCAAGAAACCUUUGAAUGGUAAAGACAGGGAGAGGUGUCUGACAGGCAAUCAGUGGAGUUUUAUUAACAAUAGUCUGCAUACUCAGAGCUGGAAUCGGUCUUCCAAAGGUGGAAGCAGCCUUGAUAGAUUAUAUUCCAGAAAAAUCAGAAAGCAGCUUGUUCAUCAUAAACAGCAACUUAACUUACUAAAAGCUAAACAGAAGGCGUUGGUAGAACAGAUGGAAAAAGAAAAAACACAAAGUAACAAAGGAUCGUCAUAUAAACUUCUGGUGGAACAAGCAAAACUAAAGCAGGCGACAUCAAAGCACUUUAAGGAUUUAAUUAGGCUACGACGGACAGCAGAAUGGUCCCGUUCUAAUUUAGACACAGAAGUCACUACAACCAAAGAAAGUCCGGAGAUUGAACCACUUCCAUUUACUCUGGCCCAUGAACGCUGUAUAUCAGUAGUGCAGAAGCUUGUUUUAUUUCUCCUCUCCAUGGAUUUUACAUGUCAUGCAGAUCUGUUAUUAUUUGUUUGUAAGGUUCUUGCACGCAUUGCAAAUGCCACGAGACCAACUAUUCAUCUGUGUGAAAUUGUGAAUGAGCCCCAGCUGGAAAGACUCUUACUGCUUUUGGUUGGAACUGACUUUAAUAGAGGAGAUAUAUCUUGGGGUGGUGCUUGGGCCCAGUAUUCCUUAACAUGUAUGCUACAGGAUAUUUUAGCAGGAGAAUUACUGGCUCCCGUAGCUGCAGAAGCCAUGGAGGAAGGACCUGUGGUUGAUGAUGUAGGUGCAACAGCUGGGGACUCUGAUGAUUCCCUUCAGCCGUCUUCAGUUCAGUUGUUAGAAACUAUAGAUGAACCUUUGACACAUGAUAUAACAGGUGCACCUCCUCUUUCCUCUUUGGAAAAAGAUAAAGAAAUUGAUCUUGAUUUACUUCAAGAUCUAAUGGAAGUUGACAUUGACCCUCUAGAUAUUGAUUUAGAGAAGGACCCUCUUGCAGCCAAAGUUUUUAAGCCAAUAAGCAGUACGUGGUAUGAUUACUGGGGUGCUGAUUAUGGUACCUACAAUUACAAUCCUUAUAUUGGAGGUCUUGGAAUUCCUGUAGCAAAGCCACCAGCAAACACAGAGAAGAAUGGGUCACAGACAGUUAGUGUCUCGGUAUCUCAGGCCUUAGAUGCUCGCCUGGAAGUGGGACUUGAACAACAAGCAGAACUUAUGUUGAAAAUGAUGUCAACCCUGGAAGCAGAUUCCAUUUUACAAGCAUUAACAAAUACAUCUCCUACAUUAUCACAGUCUCCCACUGGAACAGAUGAUUCACUUCUGGGGGGAUUACAAGCAGCAAGCCAAACCAACCAGUUUAUCAUACAAUCAUCAUCUGUCCCAAUGUUAAAUGUUUGUUUUAACAAACUUUUCUCCAUGCUUCAAGUCCAUCAUGUUCAGUUGGAGUCACUUCUCCAGUUGUGGCUCACAUUGAGCCUGAAUUCUAGUUCAUCUGGAAACAAAGAGAAUGGGGCAGACAUUUUUUUAUAUAAUGCUAAUCGAAUACCUGUCAUUUCAUUAAAUCAAGCAUCAAUAACUAGCUUCCUCACCGUACUAGCUUGGUAUCCCAAUACUUUGCUCCGGACAUGGUGCCUUGUGCUUCAUAGUCUAACACUCAUGACAAAUAUGCAGCUGAAUGGUGGUUCAAGCAGUGCCAUUGGAACUCAAGAGAGUACUGCCCACCUGUUGGUUUCAGAUCCCAAUCUCAUCCAUGUGUUAGUGAAAUUUCUUUCUGGCACCAGUCCUCAUGGAACAAAUCAACACAGUCCCCAGGUUGGACCCACAGCUACACAAGCUAUGCAAGAAUUUCUUACCAGAUUACAAGUGCAUCUCUCUUCAACCUGUCCUCAGAUAUUCAGUGAAUUUUUGCUCAAGUUGAUUCAUAUACUUUCAACAGAGAGGGGCGCCUUCCAGACAGGCCAAGGACCUCUUGAUGCCCAAGUGAAACUCUUGGAAUUCACGCUGGAGCAGAAUUUUGAAGUUGUUUCCGUUAGUACUAUUUCUGCUGUGAUAGAGUCUGUCACCUUUUUAGUGCACCACUAUAUCACCUGCUCAGACAAAGUGAUGUCUCGAAGUGGAUCCGAUAGCUCAGUCGGUGCUCGAGCGUGCUUCGGAGGACUUUUUGCCAACCUCAUUCGACCGGGUGAUGCAAAAGCAGUUUGCGGUGAAAUGACAAGAGAUCAACUCAUGUUUGAUUUGUUAAAACUGGUUAACAUUUUAGUGCAGCUGCCUCUUUCAGGCAAUAGGGAAUAUAGUGCAAGAGUGUCUGUGACCAGCAAUACAACCGACAGUGUUUCAGAUGAAGAAAAAGUCUCAGGAGGCAAAGAUGGUAAUGGAAGCAGUACCAGUAUUCAAGGAUCACCUGCCUAUGUUGCUGACUUAGUGUUAGCCAAUCAACAGAUUAUGAGCCAGAUUUUGUCUGCUCUAGGCUUGUGUAAUAGCAGUGCCAUGGCAAUGAUAAUUGGAGCAAGUGGAUUACAUCUCACCAAACAUGAAAACUUUCAUGGUGGAUUGGAUGCUAUAUCAGUUGGGGAUGGUUUGUUUACCAUACUGACAACCCUUAGUAAAAAAGCUUCGACAGUCCACAUGAUGUUGCAGCCAAUCUUAACCUACAUGGCCUGUGGAUAUAUGGGCAGACAAGGCUCUCUUGCUACUUGCCAAUUAUCUGAACCAUUAUUAUGGUUCAUUUUGAGAGUAUUGGAUACCAGUGACGCCUUAAAAGCAUUCCACGAUAUGGGUGGUGUCCAGCUCAUUUGCAACAAUAUGGUUACUAGUACAAGGGCAAUUGUAAACACUGCUAGAAGCAUGGUGUCAACUAUUAUGAAAUUUCUUGACGCUGGUCCAAAUAAAGCUGUUGACAGUACUUUGAAAACAAGAAUAUUAGCGUCUGAGCCUGAUAAUGCAGAAGGGAUCCAUAAUUUUGCACCCCUAGGUACUAUCACAUCUAGUAGUCCGACUGCCCAACCAGCUGAAGUGCUUUUGCAGGCCACGCCGCCCCACAGAAGAGCUCGCUCUGCCGCUUGGUCUUACAUCUUUCUGCCAGAGGAGGCGUGGUGUGACCUUACCAUUCACCUCCCUGCAGCAGUGCUUCUGAAAGAGAUACAUAUUCAACCUCACCUUGCAUCUCUUGCAAGCUGCCCAUCCUCAGUAUCUGUUGAAGUAAGUGCAGACGGGAUAAACAUGCUGCCGUUGUCUACUCCUGUUGUCACAAGUGGCCUCACUUACAUAAAAAUUCAACUUGUAAAAGCUGAAGUAGCCUCUGCUGUCUGCCUUAGACUGCAUCGUCCACGAGAUGCCAGCACCUUAGGUCUUUCACAGAUCAAAUUACUGGGCCUCACAGCCUUUGGUACCACUUCUUCAGCAACAGUUAAUAAUCCCUUUCUUCCAUCAGAAGAUCAGGUAUCCAAGACAAGUAUUGGAUGGUUACGGUUAUUACAUCAUUGCCUUACUCAUAUAAGUGAUCUGGAAGGAAUGAUGGCAAGUGCAGCUGCACCUACUGCUAAUCUGCUACAGACUUGUGCUGCCCUAUUAAUGUCACCGUAUUGUGGAAUGCAUUCACCCAACAUUGAGGUUGUGCUUGUGAAGAUAGGACUGCAGUCUACUAGAAUUGGCCUGAAGCUUAUAGACAUUCUCCUGAGAAAUUGUGCAGCAUCAGGCAGUGAUCCUACAGAUCUGAAUAGUCCUUUACUUUUUGGAAGACUGAAUGGACUUUCUUCUGACUCUACAAUAGAUAUCCUCUACCAGCUUGCAACAACUCAGGAUCCUGGAACAAAAGACAGAAUCCAGGCGUUGUUAAAAUGGGUCAGUGAUUCUGCAAGAGUGGCUGCUAUGAAAAGAAGUGGCCGAAUGAACUACUUGUGCCCCAACUCUUCAAACAUAGAGUACGGUCUUCUAAUGCCAUCUCCUUCGCAUUUGCACUGUGUAGCAGCCGUUCUGUGGCACAGUUAUGAACUGCUUGUGGAAUAUGAUUUACCAGGACUCCUGGACCGAGAGCUCUUUGAGUUACUUUUCAAUUGGUCCAUGUCUCUUCCCUGCAAUAUGGUUUUGAAGAAAGCUGUUGACAGUUUGCUGUGUUCAAUGUGUCACAUACACCCAAAUUAUUUCUCUCUGCUCAUGGGCUGGAUGGGAAUCACUCCUCCUCCAGUGCAGUGUCACCAUAGACUUUCCAUGACAGAUGAUAGUAAAAAGCAGGAUCUUAGUUCCUCUUUAACUGAUGACUCUAAAAAUGCACAUGCACCUCCUGUACUAACUGAAUCCCACUUGGCCACUCUUGCUUCCUCUUCUCAAUCUCCAGAAACUAUCAAACAGUUAUUAGACUCAGGGUUGCCGUCUCUUCUUGUGAGGAGUCUGGCUAGUUUCUGCUUUAGCCACAAUUCUUACUCAGAAAGCAUUGCUCAGUCAAUAGAUACAUCCCAGGAUAAACUCAGGCGACAUCAUGCUCUCCAGCAGUGUAAUAAGAUGCCGAUCACAGCAGACCUGGUUGCUCCUAUUCUUCGAUUUUUGACGGAAGUUGGCAAUAACCAUAUUAUGAAAGAUUGGCUAGGUGGCCCUGAAGUUAAUCCACUGUGGACAGCACUUCUGUUUUUACUAUGUCACUCUGGGUCCACUACUGGAGGACAUCAUUUAGGUGUGCAGCAGACUAGUGCAAGGUCAGCUUCUCUUUCUUCAGCUGCUACAACAGGAUUGACCACUCAACAGCGAACAGCAAUAGAGAAUGCAACCGUCGCAUUCUUUCUCCAGUGCAUUUCAUGCCACCCUAAUAACCAAAAACUGAUGGCACAGGUUCUCUGUGAACUAUUUCAGACAUCCCCUCAAAGAGGAAACCUUCCAACAUCUGGCAAUAUAUCGGGGUUUAUACGGAGAUUAUUUUUGCAAUUGAUGCUCGAGGAUGAAAAAGUGACAAUGUUUCUUCAGUCUCCUUGUCCACUGUACAAAGGCAGAAUUAAUGCCACUAGCCAUGUCAUCCAGCAUCCACUGUAUGGAGCAGGCCACAGGUUCCGGACUCUCCAUUUGCCGGUCUCAACAACGUUAUCGGAAGUGCUUGACAGAGUGUCAGAUACUCCAAGUAUCACAGCUAAAUUAAUUAGUGAACAAAAAGAUGAUAAAGAGAAGAAAAACCAUGAAGAAAAAGAGAAAGUUAAGACGGAAAAUGGAUUCCAGGAUAAUUAUAGUGUUGUUGUUGCCUCUGGACUGAAAUCCCAGUCUAAGCGUGCUGUGUCAGCCACGCCACCUCGCCCACCAUCAAGGAGAGGGAGGACAGUGCCUGAUAAAAUAGGAAGUGCUUCCUCGGGAGCAGAGAGUGCUAGUAAAAUGAUUACUGUCCCCGUGUUUCACCUGUUCCACAAACUCUUAGCAGAUCAUGGAGAGUUGCUUGGAAGCUGUCCAGAAGAGGAGGCUCUCACUCCAAGUGAUGAGUCUAUGGAAGGAAUAUUAGAUGAGUCUUUACUUGAAACCUGUCCCAUUCAGUCACCCUUACAAGUUUUUGCAGGAAUGGGUGGAUUGGCUCUUAUUGCAGAAAGGUUACCCAUGCUGUAUCCAGAAGUCAUUCAACAGGUGAGUGCUCCAGUUGUAACAUCUACCACUCAGGAAAAACCAAAAGAUAGUGAUCAGUUUGAGUGGGUGACCAUUGAACAGUCUGGGGAACUGGUUUAUGAAGCACCGGAAACCAUUGCAUCUGAACCUCCACCUAUUAAGUCAGCCGUUCAGACCAUGUCUCCCAUACCUGCCCAUUCUUUGGCUGCCUUUGGGUUAUUUCUACGCCUUCCGGGUUAUGCUGAAGUGCUACUGAAAGAGCGAAAACAUGCCCAGUGCCUCCUUCGAUUGGUGUUGGGAGUGACAGAUGACGGAGAAGGAAGUCACAUUCUGCAGUCUCCGUCAGCCAGCGUGCUCCCAACCCUUCCGUUCCAUGUCCUGCGUAGCUUGUUUGGCACCACACCUUUGACGACCGAUGACGGUGUGCUGUUAAGGAGGAUGGCACUGGAAAUUGGAGCACUACACCUCAUUCUUGUCUGUCUGUCUGCUCUGAGCCAUCAUGCCCCACGGGUUCCAAACUCUAACCUCAAUCAAACAGAGCCACAGGUGUCAAGCUCUCAUAACCCCACAUCAACCGAAGAGCAGCAGCUCUAUUGGGCCAAAGGCACUGGCUUUGGAACAGGCUCUACAGCUUCGGGCUGGGAUGUGGAACAAGCCUUAACAAAGCAAAGACUGGAAGAAGAACAUGUUACCUGUCUUUUGCAGGUUCUUGCAAGCUAUAUAAAUCCUGUGAGUGGCGCAGUAAAUGGAGAAGCUCAGUCAUCUCCUGAGAGUAGAGGACAGAACAAUAAUGCCCUUCCUUCUGUGCUUCUAGAACUUCUCAGUCAGUCCUGCCUCAUCCCAGCCAUGUCCUCCUAUCUACGAAAUGAUUCAGUACUGGACAUGGCAAGACAUGUGCCACUGUAUCGGGCUCUGCUGGAAUUGCUCCGGGCCAUCGCUUCUUGUUCAUCCAUGGUGCCCCUGUUAUUGCCUCUUUCUACAGAGGAUGGUGAAGAAGAAGAUGAACAGUCAGAAUCUCACACUUCCGUUGGUACAUUAUUAGCCAAAAUGAAGACUUGUGUGGAUACCUACACCAACCGCUUAAGAUCUAAAAGGGAAAAUGUUAAAACAGGAGUAAAGCCAGACACAUCUGAUCAAGAGCCAGAAGGACUUACUCUUCUGGUGCCAGACAUCCAGAAGACUGCCGCGAUCGUCUGUGCAGCCACCACCAGCGUGCGGCGAGCCCAUCAAGAAAAAAAACUAGGUGAAUACUCAAAGAAGGCAACUGUGAAACCCAAACCUUUGUCAGUAUUAAAAUCACUUGAAGAAAAAUAUGUGGCUGUCAUGAAGAAGUUACAGUUUGAUACUUUUGAGAUGGUUUCUGAAGAUGAAGAUGGAAAAUUGGGUUUUAAAAUAAAUUACCACUACAUGUCUCAGGUGAAAAACUCCAAUGACGCAAACAGUGCUGCCAGAGCCCGCCGUCUUGCCCAGGAAGCUGUGACGCUUUCCACCUCCCUGCCUCUGUCAUCAUCCUCUAGUGUGUUUGUACGCUGCGACGAGGAGCGCCUUGACAUCAUGAAGGUUCUGAUAACUGGUCCAGCAGACACCCCUUAUGCUAAUGGAUGCUUUGAGUUUGAUGUCUAUUUUCCUCAAGAUUAUCCAAGUUCACCCCCUCUCGUCAAUCUGGAGACAACUGGUGGUCAUAGUGUGCGAUUCAAUCCAAACCUUUAUAAUGAUGGCAAGGUUUGUUUAAGCAUCUUGAAUACCUGGCAUGGAAGACCAGAAGAGAAAUGGAAUCCUCAGACCUCAAGCUUUUUGCAAGUGUUAGUGUCUGUUCAGUCCCUUAUAUUAGUAGCUGAGCCUUAUUUCAAUGAACCAGGAUAUGAACGGUCUAGAGGCACUCCCAGUGGCACACAGAGUUCCCGAGAAUAUGAUGGCAAUAUUCGACAAGCAACAGUUAAGUGGGCAAUGCUAGAACAAAUCAGAAACCCUUCGCCAUGCUUUAAAGAGGUUAUCCACAAGCAUUUUUACUUGAAGAGAGUUGAGAUCAUGGCUCAGUGUGAAGAGUGGAUUGCAGACAUUCAGCAGUACAGCAGUGACAAGCGGGUUGGCCGGACUAUGUCUCACCAUGCAGCAGCUCUCAAGCGUCACACUGCUCAGCUCCGGGAAGAGCUACUCAAACUUCCCUGCCCUGAAGGCUUGGACCCUGAUGCCGACGUUGCCUCGGAGAUGUGCAGUAGUGCCUCAGCCGGGGCUGAGGAAACUCCAGGGCAUGAUCAGGUCAAAGCCAGCAGCAGUAAAGAACUCCCCAGUGACUUCACAUUAUGAGCUGCAUUGACAUGGACUUCAUAGACACAACGGCUUUGAAGCACAAGCCAAAUAUGUCAAUAUUUGUAUGUAAGAAACUAAUUAUGUAUUAGGUAAUGAAACUGAAACUAUACUAUGCCCUUAAGGAGAUCCAGUUUAAUUCAAGGUGAUCUUUUAUUUACCUGUACAAGAGUGUAAACUUUUUUGUGCUUUUAUUUUUUAAUUGUGAGAACCACUGAUUGGUAUGUUCAACAAAUUUGUGUAUACAAAGAAAUGGAUAAAUCACUGAUAUAUAAGGGAACUACCUUAGGAAAGAAUGUUUACUGAAUGUUUAUUUUAUUUUUUUUUUACUGUAGAAUGAGGGGUUGUUAACAAAGAAUAUAUAUUGGUCAUUCUUACAACUACUAUUUAAGUCAGAAACUUUUCACUGAAUUUCAUAGAUUUAAUGUUUGGCCAUAUCUUCAUGCCUCAUAUUUGAUUUCUGAAGACCUACAUACACGUCAAUAAAAGUUAAAUGGACAUGCUCCCUCUUUUCUGAUUUGCUGGUACAUUUUAAAAGUAAUAAAUCUGCCAUAAGAUGCAUAUAGCCGGAGACUUGCACUUGUAUGGAUGAAUUUAUUACAGUCAACAUAUUUAAUUUUAUGCCUUUUAAUUCUAAAAUGCCGUAAAAAUAAAUGAACCUGAUUUUAUUCUAUGCCAACAUUUGGGCCUCUGAAUGUAUCUGUUAUUUGAAUUUUAAGUAUAUGAAAAGGAAUGGUCAAUUUGACAAGUCACUCUAAACCGAUUUUUCCCCUAAAGGGCUCUUCUUUUCUCUCUGGUUGAUUACCGAAGUCACCUGUCUGUAUGAAACGUUGAGGCUCUGCAGAGAGGACGUAACCCUCUGGUGCUGUACAUUCUGUACCUGCCAUAUAGGCUCGUUUUCAUGAAAAUUCUUCCUAGAGCUAAAUAAAGACUUAGGUGUCUUCA